AUGGCUGCACCUAAGCCCACCUCUCCAGAAGCUGCCUCGGCUGUAGCUUCAGUCCAACCUAUCAUCCCCAUUGCCUCCUCUGCGACGCCCAAACCCUCAACCAACAAUGCCCCAGACGCCUCGCUCCUCGCUACGGCCAACGUUCAGCCGGCCCCCACCCCAAUCCCCACCUUCAACACCGUCGUGAAGAUCUUCAUGCAAUCCACCGGCGACGAUUCCGGCUCCAACGCCGAAAUGCACGGCUACAUCCGCUUCUUCUCCAUCUCCGGCGACGACCUGAAGCGCUUCGACGUCGAUCUCCCAGUCAAGUCCGCAUGGGGCAAUGAGAACGGCGGGUACGGUCGCCAGCUGGUGGAGCAUAGCCGCCCUUCCGCGGCAUUGCCGGCGAGCUUUGUGGGAUAUGUGUGGGAGAGCGAUACUAGCGCUGAGGAUAGGGCGCUGAAUUAUACGGUGGAUUUUAAUCGCCCGGAGAAUCUGCAGUAUGCGGACGGGAGGGAGUGGGUGCUACAGCAGAGCAAUACCUUGAGGCGAAUACUGGCACUGCUUACUACACCCACCCGAUACCGGAAAUACCGAACUGCUCAGGCCCUGAUCAAGAUGAGCGGCAAGCAACGAGUCAAAGCCCAAUUUGAGCGCUCCGUAGAGCCAGGAAGGAUGCUGGUCGGACGACACUUCGACGGAACGGACGCCUGGGCUUCAUGGACUCUCAUCCGGAGCACCGGGUCCAACGCAAUGUGGAAGGAAAGAAUCACAGUGUUCAAGAGCCCUACCGGUAGCGGAACGCAAGAGAAAGGGUCUGCUGGGCUCCGCGAAGCAUAUGCGGUAUGGAAGUCCCAGUUUGGUGAGGCGAAGAAGGUGGAAACAACCGGAUCGAAGCGAAAGCGGACCGGCACGAACGAUUCACCUCGCCCCAAUAAGAAAGCCCGCGAUUCAGAACCCAGCGAGGAAGAUAAGUCGCUGUCUAAGAAGCCCACGAAGCCCACGAUGAGUCCGUCGGACCAAGCUCGAGCGGAUCGCACAGCCUUCGAAGAUAUCUCGAUUGACGAGCUGGGCAAUGAUACUUAUCGUCGAAUCGGCAAAGCCAUAGCAGCAAAGGGGUCAUUCGUCAUACCACCACCGAUCGCAUUGCUCGAGCAAUUGAGGGCGCUCUCGAAGACCACAGCUGGAGCACACAAGCCUAUAAACCCGUUCCACCACCCCGAUUGGCAGGCGUGGGCAACCAAUCAUGCCAUGCCAAAGACUGCCACAGAGCCGGCCACGAAGCCAACCGCAAAGCCGGCCGCGAAGGGCAGAGGCCGAGAUCGAGCAGAUGAAGGCGCUGCCUCCCACAACGCCAACCACACCCGGACCCCGCAGAUCCGCGUUGCAGCUUGCACCUGCACCGACGGACAGGCUAAGGAAGGUGCUGGCCAGGGCGGACGCCGCGAUCGAGCAGAUGUAGGCGCUGUGAUCGAGCGGAUGAAGGCACGGCGAGCGGCAGGCCCUGGGAGCGCCUGA